AUGCGCGUAACAGGAACAGCCGUCGCAGCUUUGCUCUUCGGAGCCGCAGAGGCUCUCCAUCAAUUCGCGCCCCGGUCUCUCAACGACACCACCGGUCCCAGCGACCCGGCGCCGAAGCGGUACAUCGUCGAGUACAAGUCCCGCGCCCACGGUUCUCGCGUCGCCGCGAAAGUCGCUGCCGGGUUUCCGGGUCUCCGUGUCGUGAAGCAAUUCGACUCUGACAUUUUCCCCGCCGUCACAGUCGAGUGCGAUGGAGGAUGCAGCCCCGAGUCCGUGAAGAGCGCGCUUGACGACGGCGACGAGCCUGUUGUUGCAACGGUCUAUAAGUCUCAGGUCAUGCAGAUUCUUCCCACUGUCGAGGGCGAAUCGUACAGCGAUGAUGCGGCGGCGCUGAACUACUCCGUUCAUGGACUCACUGGAGUUGAGAAGCUUCAUGAGAAUGGAGUCUUGGGCGAGGGAGCUAUUGUUGCCAUCGUUGACAGUGGUGUUCAGUACACUCAUCCUGCCUUGGGAGGUGGCAUUGGUCCCAACUUUACCGUUGCUGGAGGCUACGAUCUUGUUGGUGAUGCUUGGCCUAAUGGGCCAGCUCAGCCGGACGAUGACCCCAUGGACAGAUAUGGCCACGGAACUCAUGUUGCCGGUAUAAUUGCAGGGAAAAGCGACCAGUUUGUUGGCGUAGCUCCUAGUGCCAAGCUGUUGUCGUUCAAGGUGUUUGGCAGCAGUGGCUACUCCAAUGAGGAGACCGUUAUCGAAGGCUUCCUGAAGGCAUACGACUCUGGGGCUGAUAUCAUCAGUGCCAGCGUUGGAGAAACCAGUGGCUUUACAACUAAUGCUCUCGCUGUCGUCGCAUCUAGAAUUGUCGACAACGGCGUCGUAGUCGUCUUUGCUGCUGGCAACUCUGGACAGGAUGGCCCUUUCGACAUGGCAAAUGGAGCAUCAGGUGAACAUGUCCUGACCGUGGCAUCUUCUGACCCGGGAGUGUUCCCUGCUCAAGCCUUUUCCGCCAAGUUCAACUUGAACGGCAGCUCCAACAAGACGGAGAUCGCCUACAUCCCGGGAUCCGGCUUCUUCCCGGACACUAUCGUCGAGUGGCCCAUCAAGCCCAUUACUCUCAACUCUUCUGUUGUCAAUGACGCAUGUCAACCUCUCCCAGCGAACACGACUUCACUCAACAAUACCGUAGUCCUCGUCAGAACCGGCGGCUGCACCAACACCGUCAAGCACACCAACGUUGCUGCCUUUGGUGGCCGCUUUGUCCUCUUCUACAAUGACGACGGCCCGUACAAAAGCGCUGUAAGCUCCAACCUCACAGGCCUCACUGGAGCCAUCGAAGCAAACGCCGGCGAGGCCAUCAUUGCCACCAUCCUCGACGGCGGCAACGUCACCGCCUCUUUCGACAUCUCCACCGCCCACUACGUCGGUCUUCGUAACGCAGGAGGCGGACGGCCAUCCUUGUUCUCCUCGUGGGGCAGCACCUACGACCUCGCCCUCAAGCCCGACGUCGCCGGCCCCGGCACAAAGAUCCUUAGCACCUACCCGACGAACGAAUACCGCGUGUUGAGCGGCACAAGCAUGGCGACUCCCUACAUCAGCGGUGUUGCCGCGCUGUGGGUGGGCAAGUUCGGUGGCCGGGCCGCGCACAAGGAUGACCCGGGAUGGGCUCGCCGACUCAUCGCGCGGAUUACGUCGACUGCGCACGCCGUACCGUGGGCUGAUUGGGCGACGAGCUCGACUGACUACGGUUUCUGGGCGCCAACAACACAAGUCGGUGGAGGCUUCGUCGAUGCGCAAAAGGUCCUUGGGUACACAACCGAGCUGAGCUUCGACGGCCGCAAGUUCGAGCUCAAUGACACUGCGCAUUUCAAGGGCACGCACACGGUGGAAAUUACGAACCGUGGCACAGAGACAGUUACGUACAAGUUCUCGGUCCAGGAUGCUGGUGGAUAUACUGCAUAUACCCCCUCUGUACCAGGGCAGACUCAGUUUGCGGUUCCUGGGAUUCCUCUUUACGCGGACCUUGAUCCUUUCAAACUUACUCCCGAGGUGGCUCUGCCUCAGGAGAUUACUAUCGCAGCUGGCGAGACCAAGGCCACGGAGUUCACAUUCAGCGUUCCCGAGGGGGCUGAUGCCAAGAAGUUGCCAGUGUACAGCGGCAAGGUUCUUGUCAGCGGCAGCAAUGGAGAGGAACUUGGUAUUCCUUACUUUGGUGUUGCCUGCGAUUUGAAGGAUACGAUUGAAAACGUCUGGGACUACGGAUGGAACAAUCCUUAUCUCACCUCUGGUGUGAAUGCAAUCAGGCUCGAACAGAAGUCAAACUUCACAUUCAACCUCACCCGAGAAGCGCAAGACUUCCCUAAAUUAUUCACUCGAUUUGUUUGGGGAACCAAGGAAUUCCGCUGGGACAUUUUCUCAGGCAAUUACAGCGAGGCCCAAUGGUCUUACCCUCCGGUUGUUGGUCAGAAGGGUUUCGUCGGCUCCGCAACCUCCUGGAACGGAACUGCCAACUCAUCCUGGUUUAUUCCAGGUGAAGAUAGCGAGGACGACAUUUUCUCCCUUCCUCUCUACUCGCAACCUCGUGCAAAGGGAGGUAUUUACUACUGGCUCGGACGAUUUGCCGACGGUUCUCAAGUUCAACCUGGAUCAUACAAGUAA